AUGGGUAGUACCGCUGUACCAGUAGGAUUUCUUGGGUACUGUACUGGCUGCACUGCCACUGCUAGCGAGAUCAGUGACUAUUCCACCUCGCAACCAGCUACGACCGUGACGGUGGGUAGGUUCUUCUGCGACGGGCAUGCGGGUCGUGAGUGUACGACAAGAGACGAUGAACUGUGCGGGCGGGCAAGUGGAAAGGGAUAUGAGGCGAGCUGCGUGGCGGCGGGAAGGGACGACGCGUGGACGACGCUGUCCCGCCGCCGACUGACCAACGGUGGUCCAACGGUGAUCCUCUCCAUUACAGCAUCCGGAACGAGCUGCUCACCGGUGUCAGCAGCGUGGGCCCUGUCCCAGUCCAAAGGCUGCCUAGCGAGUGGAAGGGCCUCCUCCGGGCCGUACGUUCGUGCGAGGCGCAUGCCCACAGCCUCCCUGGGUAUAAACACCCCUACUCCUGUCUUCCUCUCUCUACGACAUCGAAUUGUUCUUCCUCCGUCUCUCAGAAUGUCACCGCGCUUUCUCUGCAGCAACUCGAUGCGGAUACCUCCCGCCGUCACUCACCUCGCUUCUUCCGUGCGCGUCACCAUUCCUCGUAACCGCGGGCCGUACUUUGCGCGACAGUCACUCCAAAACAACAUGCAGAUACGAUUUCGGGCAUUAUACAUGAUCAAAGCCCUAAGCCGUCGACUGGACUCGUUCGGCGCUCAGUGGACAGAACGCAGACACAUAACUCACAUUGGGUGGACAUGCCACAUUGGGAGCCACAGCACCAACACACAGACCAUGCGAUGGGCUCCGUUGCUCGACGGCUCUGACGAACGGACAGACUUCCUGGGAGACGGAUGCACGGUCAAGGAAGACAGCAAGCGUUGUGGCAUGCGCCAGCCAGAUUCGGCUCCUUUCUCGCUCACUCUCCGCGGUUUACUGCAACGCUCAACAUCGGAAAAGUUGUCAGAAGCGGCAUCUGUCCUAUGCCAGCAAGGCAGUGACUCAGACUUGGUUGGUUCCGCGCCUCGCGACUCACAUGCCUCUCACAGGAGGACUCUCCAGAGAGGACCACGCAAGUCGGGAGACCGUCCUGAUGCUCUACUGAGCAGCGACUUGAGAAAGAUCCCAUACCCUGUACCUAUCGACU